AUGUAUGAUUUUAAUUUAGUAAUUUAUUUGAUUUUCUUUGCUACUUUAUGGUCACUUCCAUUCUGCGAAGGAGCAACACACUGGGUCGUUACGGAAGAUGGGAGAAUACAACAGCAGGUAGAGCAAAUUUAACUUUUAAAUUAUUCACGCUAAACCCGUUUGUUUAUAGUUCAUGAAAAUUUGGGCAAUAUUAAAUUUAUCCAGUCUACAAGAAAACUAAAUGUGGAAAGUUUUACAACAAGGACUUACAAUUACCUGUGUUUUUUGAAGCCCUUUUAAUAGGUGGCUCUUUAUCGGUUCGCCAACACAAUUCAUUGAUCGUUUGCGAUAGUUUGAUUUUAUCCUUGAUUGCGAAAAGUCAGUUAUUCUAGAAUUUAUAAUUAGCACUGGCGGAAGUUUACAAACAAUACAUUAAGUGAAGUAGACCCUACGAUUGAAUUUCUACCAAACAAGAAACGUUUACACAAUUACGAGUCUAAAGUAAGAAUUUGGCUUUGUUCCAUGUUGUCAGAGAAAUCUCAGACCAUCAGAAAUAUCGCUGUUUCCUGUACAUUCCUGUCAUUCCCAAUGUUAGUCAGAACUGAGCACGAGUAAAAUCUGAGAUGCCAUGGUACACAAAGAUGUGACAAUACUCUGUUGUUGUUAUAAAGAAAAUUAGCUUUUGAUGCUGAGUUUGUACAGGACUCAAUUUGAGGACUAAUAUAGCUGUUGUGGGCAAAAUCCGUUCUCAGGUUUCUCGUAUUUAGCCUAUUAGGGUUAGCUUUUAGCCUGCUAACCUACAUUUAAUACUGGUUUACCUGAGAACAGAUUUUGAAAAAUGGAAAUUUGUGUCAGUAGCCACGAAUUUGUUACAAUGUACAUGUAUAAGUGGUAAUUAAGUCCAUAAGUAAUAAAUUAUUUAACAAUUAAUGAAUGAGGCUGAGUAUCUUAUGAAGAAUUAUGGAGAUCAAAGAGGAUGUUAUCCGUUGAGGCUGUAGGCCGAGGCGGAUAACACCCUCCAAGAUACGAAAGCUGAAUUCAAUAAUUGUUUUAUUAUUCAUUGAAAAUAUUUCAUAGUGUAAAAACAUAGCUAAAACAAGCUUACCUGCAUCGAUGUUAAGUUUAUCUUCGAUAGUUUAUGUUUAGGUUUGUCCAGCUCCGCAAAUAUUCUCCAAAUAGCAGAUGUCGCCCUCAGAGUUGUCUUCUUGCUGUUUUUGCUAUGUUUUUAGCCAUUAUUUCGCCUAGUUCCAGCUGUAGUUCUUACUCUUGAAACGAGUGGAGUGUCCACCAAUUUAGUUUUUACAACAAAAAUAACUCAAUCUCAUCCCCAGGUCUUCUCGGUUAAUGGUGCAUUAACCUGUAGAAGGCUGCAUUUUUGACGUCAUUUCCUCGUUAAACACGAAAUUCUUCCAAAUUUGGUCAUCAGUAACUGAUUGUCGUGAAUUAUGCGUGUGCUUUAGCCAAUCAGAUAUGGGGAAAUAUUUUGAAUGAAUAAAUAGAGAAUACUUCAUGGAAAGUGCUGGCGUACGGUAUUUACGCACGAGUUGUUGACAUAUCAGAAAUCGAACAAGUGAGCGCAGCGUACGAGUAAGAUUUCUGAUACAAAAACAACGAGUGCGUAAAUACCGUACAAAGCACUUUCCAUGUGGUAUUGUGUUUAUUAUAUACAUACUGAGACAUUUAUCAUUUUGGCGGCCUUUUUAUUUUAAAUCUUUCAAAAAUGCUAAAAUUUGCCGCUACACACUUACCGCAAAAUGACAACGAUAACGAAGUAUCAGCUUUUAGUAAAAACGUUUGUUAAAAACAUAAAUGACGGUAAGGAUAUGAGGUAAUCCAAGAACUAUAAGUAAUCUUAACUGUUUGUUCUCAAUGCAGAAUUGAAACUGAGUGAAUUUAAUUAAAAUGGCCGGUUUCAAUAUAAGCUUAAGCUUAAAUGAAAGGCAAAGUAGCUCUGACAAAAAACACAACAAAAGCUUACGUCUUGUUCUGUUUUUCCCUUUCCGCUGUUGUUUAGCCGGCUCUCUACCGUUUUCUUUAUCGACAGUGAAACAAACGAAACUAUUCCAUUCCAUUUCCGAAAUGUUUUUCAUUUUUUUAGCGAGAAAAACUCUUUGAGUAAAACUUUUCUCGUUGAAUGUGUGCGAAGCAGCGCUGCAAGCUGCAAUAAAAGGCGGGAAUUUUGGCGCGAAACUCACACACCUCUGUGGCUUCUGAUUGGACGUAUCAUUUUUCUCACACGUGAAAAAACAUCGUUCGCCAUUCUGAUUGGACGUAUCAUUUUUUUCACAUGUGAAAACCAUCGUUCGCUCCUCUGAUUGGUUAGAACUAAUUUGCGUACGAAAAUUUACGACAUAGCUUUUUGGUGAGUAUUUCUUAGUAUGUAUAUAAUAAUAAAGUGUAUUAGCUAAUGUAUCAACUAUCAAUAUCAGUCCCUUUGAAACUUGAAUUGCAGACAAUGAAAUACAUGUUAUAUUGUAGUAAACACUUUUUCUGUGAAAUUGACAGGUAAAAUAUUCUCUGGUGUUCCAAACAUAAAUUUUCACGCCAUGAUGGCACUAUCUUUAAAUUUAAUAUACAAAUUUAAUUCACCAUCUUCUCAGGUACAGUUCAAUCAGUGGCUGGCAGAGGUCUCAUGUUUAAAUCUCAAAGAGUUUUCUAAUUUUUUUUUCUUUAAGUCAUGAUAAAGCUCGGCAUUAACAGCUUAAGGUAUCUGCACCGGCAAAUUUUCAACAUUUUGUUGUGCCCUUAAAAUCUUUCUUCAGUAAGUUCAGGUGAUGUAGUAUGCAUAUUUUGUUUUCUUUUUCGAAUAUACCUUGGAAUUUAAGUGAAUAUCUACUCAAACGUUGACCAAUGUACCAGAAGUUAAAGAAGAAAAGAAGAAUUUUCAUUUCCGUCACUAAGAAAAAAGACUGCGGGAGAUGGCAGAAAUGCAAUUUGACUCCUCUUUUCAGCAUCAAGUUCUACUGAUGUGCACAACAAAAUUUAUUCACUGCCUUGAUUCAUUUGCAAACCACAGUCGCUGUAUGUCCAACUUGAUUUUUAUUGAUUCUGUUCAAGCUGUGAUGACUAAUACUACUUGCUUCUUGUCAAAAUUCGUUAUGUUCUUGAAACAUACUCCAUUUUCCAGGACUUAUUGUAUAAAAUUGAUAUUACAUCAGCGUUUCUUCUCACCUGAUAUAAUAAAUUAUUAUUUUGACAAUUUUGCCGGGAGAGUAAAAUGGUUUCUUGGCCUUAAUCCUCUGGUUUGCUUUUCUGCUGAUUUCUUUCUCUUUACAGAAGCAAUUCAUUUUCAAUUUUGAAUAACACUCUUCUUCAAUCUUCAUACUUCAGCAUGCCUCACUGAAUUAAAGCCGACACUGCGUAACGCAUCUUCUGGAAGUGCGUCACACCUAGAAACCAGUCACGUAUCAAAAUUAAAGGGGUCCAUAGACAGGUUAUUUGACAUUUUUUAGGCUUCCACGAGCAUUUUACACAUUGGUGAUUCAAAAUGGCGGGCAAUAAGUUCUGUAAUUAUCGAGGAAAAACAGCUGAUUUUGAGAAGAAAAUAACCUUUUUUACACUGGAAAAGCGUUAAUUACCAUGUGACCGAUUUACCUUGACUAACGGCAACCAGUUUUUGGAGAAACAGAAUGGAUUAUAAGUGUAGCAAAUACACAAAGAGCAUGUUACUGAAGAGAUCUGUGUUUGGUCAAAGAUUAAUUGCUGCACAGCUGUGUUAUUGAAGUCAACAUGUGGAUCAAACUACAAAAUAGCACACUGUGCCAUAGAAGGUGGAUUAAUUCAAGCUGUGUCAUGGUCAAACACAGGAUUAUUCUAUUAAAAUGUCCUUAUCUGUGUUACAUUUGUUUUUUGACGAUAACUUUAAGGAUUCUUUUGAAAUUUUGAUUUUUCUCUUUCCGUACCACCCUAAGGGGUAGUUAAAUUAACACCUUUUGGGUGACAUAGCAUAGUUUAUUUUGAUAUCUUUUAGUUCCUCAAGAACUGAGAAAUACUGUCCAUGUAGUGAUAUAUAAAAAUGUAGAUAUUAUCUAUAAAAUAACUAUUAAAAUUGAUGCAAAGAUGUGCAAAAUUUACUGGUGCAGAUACCUUAAGAGCCUCAGUUUCUGUUUAGUUUCAGGCCUUAACAAUGGAUAACGAUUUUUUGUAUGUUUGCCCUUUUUGCUCAGCUAUGAUCAGGCGCUCUCCUCCAGCACCUAUUCAUUUUAUAACUAAACAAGGUACCAUAAUUCCCAGGCAAUUGCAGAGAUCUGGGAUUUGUUAGAAAAUAAAACUGCUGACUAUAUUAUUCUGAUGUCUCUUUGUUUUUAGGCUGACUCCAUCUUUAAUCUCAAAAGUCCAUAUGACUUGGUCACCUUCAUUCAUCAGCAGAGUGCAUAUGACAGACUUAAAAUUUUACGAGAAGAAUAUCUCGAAGAAAAAAGGAAGGUUAUAGAAGCAAGGGAGAGGGAACGAGCUGAAAUCCAACUAACUUUCUACAAAGAAGAUCCAGAUUGUGUUGAUGCCGGGAAACACAUCUCAGAGUUUAAGUUGUAUUUGGACAUGACAAAUCCUUUUACUACGAAUGACAUCAAGUAAUAAUAAUUAAUUUGUGAUUGUUUGUUUUCCCAUCUCUGACAUGCAACCCCUGGGAGAAGUCCAACACUUUACUAAUAGUCAUGGGACCUGGCAAUUUUUUGUUUACUUUUCCUUUGGCCAAUUUUUAUUGAGAGUCAUUGACUAUACAGUCAACUCUUGAUAACUCGAACCUUCAAGGGAAAUCGAAAAAGGUUCGAGUUAUUGGGAGCUCGAAGAAAAUAGCCGGGAGUAAGGAUAAAAAACAGUUUUUACUGCACAGUGAGCAUUUUAAUCACAUUUAAUUGUAGAAAUGUUGAGUGAAAAUUGAAAGAUACUUUUAGAUUAUAAAUAAGAACAUAAAGAAACAAAACAUUGCCUAAACAGAGCAUGCAUUUUACUUUUUGAGAGGUAAAGCUAUUUCACGUUAGAUUUGUGACAAACAACAUUAGCCUCCACUAUCGAUCCACUAGUAAACUAUCUGCCUACAAAACGUCAAUGGGAAAUUCAAAAUUCAAUGUUUCAGAGGCCAGUACUCUGUUUUGUCCCCGACUUUUUAAGGGCUCAAAACAUGGUUCAAGUUAUCAAGGGUAAAAUUAUAUAGAAAUGAUCUGAGGGGGAACAAAAAUUACUUCGAGUUAGCGGGAGUUUCGAGUUAUCGAGGGUGCGAGUUACCGAGGGUAAAAUCACAGCAAAUGUAUGAUGGAAAUCCAGGGGAAAUCGAUUUUUGUUCGACUUAUCGCGAGGUUUGAGUUAGCGAGGGUUCAAGUUAUUGGGAGUCAACUGUAUUCAUGUAUCUGAUUAUAAUAAGUCAACUAAGCCUUUGGUGUUUAGAAUCACCAGCAGAGAUUGAACUGAACCAAAACUUACUAAUUUUCUCAACUGUUUAAUGUAUAGUACCAUCCAACCUUCCUUAGUUAAUAGAAUGUGCCCUUAUUCCUCUGAACAAAAUCUCUAACUCGUGGACUGGGUUGACAAAAUGCCAAUCAAUAAAUGACAAAUUAUCAAAUUUUCCACAUACAAGAAGAGUUUGUUUGAUACAAGUUUCUAGAAUAAGAGGUUUUAAUUGACUGUAGUUCGGUGUAAAAAUACACACUGGUGUUAAAGUGAGCAUUACAAUGAGCAAAGGGGGAGGUGCCCAAAAUGCUAGUAUAGCUGGACUAAUGCAUACAGCUGUAACCAACCUGUGGGUGACAUCCACCCAGGCAUUAUUACGGCACAGUUAACCAGUCGAAGGUUAGGGAACAAAACACACUUACAGGUACAAACACGGGCAAUAAGAGGCCAAAAUGCCAAAAGCUGUAAAAACCCAAAUUGAAUUGCCCCUAGGUGUGCCCCUGUAAAUCACUUUUACUUGUCUGGAGUUGAAAUUAGCCUAAAUUUGAUUCAGCCACAUUAUGCAUCUGCAAGGUGACAGUAUUUUAAAAUAUUAUUAAUAUGAUUUUUUUUCAUUAUUUGUUUUUAUUUCCAGCAUUCCAGACCAUGUCAGCUUGUGUCAGCCAUUGCCUUCCCACUUUGAACCUCCCUAUUGCAGAAAUGAACUGCCAACUGUCAUAUACAGUUAUGACCAUCUUGAGGGUGUUAAUGGUAAACACCAGUUAAAUGCCAGUGUUGAGCCAACACUGUUGGCAUCAUUGUCCUCAUACUUUAAGACUGCAGAAGAUCUAGGUGGUCAUGUCAGUGUGGCAAUGGAGCAGGUCUGUUAAAAUAUUAAAAUGUUAAAUAUUUAAAUAUAUAAAAUAUUAUUGUUUCAAGCUCUCUAAAAUGACCAACUCUUUAAGCUGGGCAGAUUUCCACUGUUGCAUAAUUUUCUAUGUGUAAAGAUGCAAAAAAUUUAUGAGCAUAAAUGAAAUAGAGGCAGUGCACCCUCUGAGUCCUUCUGCUGAAGAUUCAGUUUUUCAGCUGUACUUUAGUGUAAACAGUGUACAACAAUAUUGAUUAUUUUUACUGUCUAAUGGUUUGAUUUGACCACAAAAUUUACUUUUUAUGGUUUGUUUUCCAUGCAGAAUUCCAGUUCCUGGGUUUUACUUAAUCUUGCAGCUUAUUAUUGGAGAAUCAAAGGCAAUGGUUUAGAGGCUAUAGAAUGCCUUCGUCAAGCUUUGUAUUUUUCCCCUAGGUAAUAAACUUCUGGUAGCAGUAGAGUAUAUAGAGGAUAUUGCAUGGUCGUUUGGAGAUACAAAAUUUCUCUUUGGAGUGUAGAAAAAUAUUUCACAAGUGAGCGUGGCAAACAAGUGAGAUAUUUUUGAACACUCAAAGAGAAAUUCUGUGUUCUCCAGGUGCCCAUGUAAUUUAACAUUAUUUUGAUUAUAUAUAGACCUAUGAAAGACCAAGCCAUUAUAUUUUCACUUAAUUUAUGGUUUCCAUAAAGUUUUUAAACCUUAUAAAACACUUUUACUCUUUACAGCUAUAUGAUUCAAAUCUAAACUCAAUUUCACUUAUUUUUAUUAGGGAGCAUAAAGACCAGGCAUUAGUGAGCCUUGCAGCAGUGCUGUACCAUGCAAAUUACAGCCAUGAAUCACUGGUUUUGCUUCAUGCAGCCAUGGACACUGGCAAUGAGCUUUCAUUGUAUCAUUUUCUCCUUGGAAAUAUCUAUGCUGUGAGUUACGUGACUGUAAAUAGUACUUGUCAGCCGCAUACAGAAUAAGUACUGAUAACCCAGAUGGAUUAGUUUUCAACACCAAACAAAUUCCAUGGCUUUGAAAUACAAAGAAUGAUAUUAUUUCUGUUACAGUGUUUUAUAGACACCAAGUCCUUGAUUACCCAUGUUAGAAAAUGCAGAGUGCAUACAUUUUGCUUUAAGGUUUUGCUGAGCCAGUCAUGAUGCUCACUGCUGCUGCUAUAAGCCCCACCCUGGUUAUAAGCCCCCUAGUUAUAGGCUCAUGUACAAAUGUACCUGCAAACAAAAAACAGUGGCAGUUUACAGUAAUCAAUUUUGAAUGUCAAACGCCAGAAAUUGAAAAUUCCAUUUAUGGGGUUCAGUAACCAACCUUAAGAAGCUAAUACUGUAAUAUUGGAACAUGUAACUUUUUAAUUCUUGCAAGUAUCAUUUUGUUCUUUUUGCCACUUAAGUUCAUAAUUUUCUCUCUCAACAGUCACUAAAGAUGUAUGAAAUGGCAGAUCUGAGCUACAGAUUCAUGUUAGUGAUGUCACCAGACACAGAAUCUUUGUGCGAACGGGUGAAAGCAGUGAGGUGUGAGCUGAAGCUAACGGAUCUUUUACAGCAGCAGCAUUUGUAAGUGUUUUCUUCACAUUCUUUUAAUGAAUAUGUGUCUACCAUGUACCAUGUUACAUAUAUGUACAAUAAAAUAAUGUCUCACAGGUUAUGUUACGGUUGUCCCUCCUGUUAGCAACCACCCAGAAUGCAAAGAUUAAGUGUUAACGUGCUUACAGGGGAGGUGGUCGUUUCGACAGUCAAUCUUCAUUCCAAUUUACAGUUGUCUGUUGAGCAAGAAUGGCGGUCACUUUAAAUGAUUUAAAGCGGCUAUGUUUCAAAGAUAUUGCUGUCUUUAGUCUAUUCUGUGCAAGCUUAAGUCAUAAUUUAGUGUAUUUACCCAUACACACACACCAAAAAAAUGCUCAUGUAGAGUUUUGAAGAAGAUGCAAAAUAAAUUGCUUUAGCAAGCACUUAACAUAAUAUUUUUGUAAUUUGUUUAUUAUUUUUUCAGGCACACCAUUAAAACUUGAAAAAAUUUGCCAAGUUUAAAUCCAUAUCCAUCCUCACCUUUUAUUUUAAGUUUAAGUCUAGUAAUACAUAGUCAUGCUAAUACAAGUAAAUAAAUUACAGAAAAUACAAAAAGUGCAUGAGUGGAUAAUAAUUGGAGGAAACUAAAUUCCCAUACAAAGAAUAUUCUCGAAUAUGAAACUUACUAAAAAUUAAGAAGUAAAAUUUAAAUGCGGCCCAAAACUAACCUAACUGAAUUGCAUGUAGUUGUCACUCACGAGUUACACCUGAUUUAAAAUUGACACAAAUGAUCUAAUAGAUAGGACUUAAAACUGCGUAAUGAAUGGUGCAUGCAUAAUGUUCGAUGGAAUACUAUUCCAGUCUGUUAUGUAGCUAUUGAAAAAUAAAAAUUUAAAGUAAUUUUUUCGUGUCGUCUAAAAAUUAUGGUUCCUACGCGUUUUCGCUAAUACAUUAAAAUCAAAAAACACAUAAGGAUCUAUGUCAGUGUCCGAAAAUAAUCUUGUACAUCUGCGCUAAGCAGAUAAACUUCAAAAAGAUAAACUUUUGUAGUAACACACAACAUGACACAGUUUCAAUGCCUAAAUAAUAUAAUAUUAUAGCAGGGUUUGCAAAUCUCAUUGAUGAGUGGAGUUAGUUUGACUUCUGCUUCACAAAUUUUGGAGUCAUUUUGGAAUAUUUGGAGUCAAGAAUCAGACUUUCCAGCACGUGGUCCUGGCAUGUAUACACUAUCGUAAGGGAUACACGAAGUAGCUGUGCGGUCCGCUGACCUGGAAAACUCAAAUCCAUGAUGGCGGUCAUCGAGUAAACUUCGAUCGUAAUUUACCCUCUUCCUGUUUUGUCGUGCAGUAUAAUUCUUUAAUUUCGAUGACUUAAUUAAGGUUUACAACGUUUGCAAUUAACUUAAAUUGUAUUUGUUGCGAAAAAGGUAAGGACAAAACUGUGUUACCGAAAAUUUCUGGAGUCGAAGUGGCUCCCUGUUUGUUAUCGAAAAUUUUUGGAGUCGAAGUGACUCCCUCCGUAACUUCAGUGGAGUCAUCUGAACAAUUUUGGCGUAAAAUACGCCAAAUUUGGCGUAUUUGCGAACCCUGUUAUAGUCUUAGUAAAUAACAAAACUGCACCAUUUUCUAUGGAAUUCAAUUGAUGCAAAGACUUGUUUUACUACAGCUUUUUAAAACAAUAGCAAAUAGUAUACAACUAUUCCCCGAAGGGAAGGUGAAUAGUGAUGGAUAUAUAGCUAUUUCGAGAAAGGUUGUCCGAAAAAAAGUGCACGCGACAAUCCCGAAAGGUAAUAUGGGAUAUGGGCACUUUCCAUUUGUCAGAACUGACUGACCAGCUUAUUCCCAUCGUAAUGGGAAUUUCACUUUUAAUCAACAAUAAACCAUCCAGAUCAGUCAAAUCCUACACAUUAUGCUCAAAAGAGAUGGUUUUUCAGCAAAUCCUCUUGGAAAAGGCUCUGACUGACCAGCUUAUUCCCAUCGUAAUGGGAAUUUCACUUUUAAUCAACAAUAAACCAUCCAGAUCAGUCAAAUCCUACACAUUAUGCUCAAAAGAGAUGGUUUUUCAGCAAAUCCUCUUGGAAAAGGCUGUUUCAUUUCCAAAAUGCCUGGUCUGGCCAUGGUCCGGCCGGCCAGUUCUGACUUAUGAAAAGCGCCGUAUGAUCAAUACACUGUUCCUGACACUGUCGCUGUUGAACCUACUUUUGUUGCUUUCCUUUAGCUCUCGCAAACAUACAUCCAUGGCCUCUCGUGCCAUUCUUUCAAAUUUCUUUGAAGAAAAGUGAACUCAAAACUACCCACAAUACCUUUCGGGAUUGUCGCGUGCACUUUUCCCCACAACCUUUCUCGAAAUAGCUGUAUACCGAGACACGAAGUGUCGAUGUAUACUGUUCACCAACCAUAGGGGGAUAGUUGUUUUGGUAUUUACCAAGUCAGUUCGAUAAAAGUGAAAAAAAGUACCUUUUCGUAAAUUAAAAACGUCAGUUGGUAGGAACUUUGUUUCCAGUUUGCAAACAUUUAGGGGAUAUUCUUAACAUUUUUACGAUUUUGUUGCAAACUCAGCAUGAAAAUAAUUUUCUACGUACCAGUAAACACCGACAAGCCAAAGGUUGUCGCUUUCGUGGUAUUUGUUCGUACGACUGCUUCAUUUAUCGCUCAAAUUUCGUCUUCCGAAAAUGUCUCGGCACGCGCGAGACGCCAUCUUGGCUCCGGUCGCAAAACAGUGAAUAGCCAAGGAUAUCCCGAGUUAUGGGAGCCAAUCAAAAUGCGCGAAAAUUACUACUCACUGAUUUGGUAAAAUUAUACUAGUUAUGUGACAUAGCCCCUUUAGUAGACACCUUGGGUCUCUUCAUAUAUACAGAAGACUAGACUACGAGCAGUCUCUCUUUUUUCUUGAUCCGCAGAGCAAAUCGCCCGAGACACUCCCCUUACUAAAUCUGAAGGAAAAGAGAGACUGCUCGCAGUCUAACAUAAGACAAAAGACCAUGAUAACCUCCAGCCUUGCUUCCAAGUCAAGGCUAGGAUACUCACCAAGGGGGCACCCCCAUCCUUUUAAGGUGGGAACUCCACUAGGUGCGCAAAAGUGGGGAUGCCCCCUUGUAUUUUCCUCCCAGUGCAUAAUAGUAUAAGCUCUCAUGGGGUUUGUCUUGACAGGAGUUAUCCUAAACAAUUGUCUAUCUCUGUUGCAGAAAUUUUAAUGAGUCAAUGGAUAGUCUUAAAACUCCUGAACUAGAUUUAACUACAAAACUUAGCAGUGAGGAACUGGAAAAGAAGCAAUUACUUCCUCUGGAGGUAUUCAAGAUGCAGCUUAAACAAAUGUUUGCACUUAUACAGGACAGCAGUAGAUACCAAGAUACGUGCAAGAGCAGAGCUUCUCCUCUGGAAAAGGUAACGAGGUUGAAUGAGUGUUCACACUAAACACGAAGGUGUACGAUGAACAUACCAACAGCGUGCGCUAGUUCCUUUAGCUGCUUUCUGUUGUAGGCUUAAUGUGUAUUGCUAACCUGAAAAGUUGUUUUUCUCACUAACCCUCCCCCCGCUGUACACACCAUAUUUUUCGUCUUGACUGUCCUCCUCCCCUUUGACGCCAUAUUAUUUGGCAUUGCACCCCUCCCCCCCCCCCCUCCACACUGACAUCCUACCCGCCCCCAAUACCUGAUAAAAAAUGAACGGCCCCUAAAAAAGCAGUUCUACUAUAGACACUGUGAUCAUAAAUCUUUAGUAGUACUUUCACUUAAUCUGACUCUGCGGAACUUAAAAGUACCUUAAGGGACGUAACAGUCUAAAGGCAGUGCCGACCCCGAUCCCGUUUGUAUUUAUGACAAGUUCUAUUGUAACAUCAGUUUCCUUCUCUCUUAGAAUUUACCCACGCAAUCUGAUCCCGGUGGCCCAAAGGAUAAACAAACAAAUGAAGCCCUGAGCGGAGAAACUGUGACAUCUGCCAGCAGUCGGGAAGACUCUAAAUAUCAAGCCCGCCUUUUGUUUUCACGAUGUUAAGUCUAAUUUUGGGACCUUUUUAGGUGCGGAUACUGGGUUAGAUAGCUCGGGUGAGGAAUGGACUUUCACCUGAUGGUUGUCUGUAGACCACUAAGUUUCCUGGUUCAAAACGGCAAGUCUGGUAUUGAGAGGCUCGAUAAAACAAGUGAAACGCUCAGUGAAGCGGCAAAUGCUCCGUCUGAUAAUUCUAACAUAUCGUCAGAAGAAGAAACGAUGCGUAACCUCCAAGAGGCUCGAUUGGCGCUUAAUCGAUUAAAUAGUAUCAUAAAAACUGUAAGCUGUUCUCGUCAAUCCGCAUCAAGCACAAUGGAUGUUGCCGACGAAAUGUCGUCACAAUCGGGUUCCAGCGUCGAUAGCGGAGAUGCCUCGAAAACGACCUCUACGCCUAUUAAAGCGACUUCUACUAAAAGCGCGCAAAUGAAAGCUGGAGACUCUCAGCGUGUUGGAAGAAGGGGAGAAAUCGGCGUUAUGAUGCCCAGCCGUGAUUCCGAUCGCAGAAAAGAUAAUGCUGAAAUAAUUUUCUUAGAGGAAACUAAGUUUUCCAAGCAAAAAGGAGAAUCUUUAUUGAUAAGCAAAAACGGCCCGGGUUUGAAAUGGAAUGAGAUGGCGUCCAAGAACACGCGGGAAGAUUCGAACGUUGAGUUACUGUUUGAAGAAGCUAAAGGGAGCCGUCACAUUGGACCUAAACACACCCCUCCCCUCCAGAGUCAAGACAUGUUGGUUUUGGCUCAGAAUUGUCAUAGUGUGGGGGCGAAAAGGCGGAAAGGAGAAGCCUCGGCAAUGGAGUGUUUGACUCAAGACACAGACUUGCAAACACAGAGCUCGACUACUCCGUUUACUAUUCCGCAAACUAAUGCUGAAACGGAUUUUUCAAAGUCCACAACAAACUCGGAGCAAACAGGAAGCGAUGAUUCCGCUAAAGUUUCGUCAAACGAUAUGGCAAGCGAUCAGUCUUCUCUUAAAGAGAAAGUGCGAGAGAAUGGUGAAGAGAAUAAGGUUGACAGAAACGAAACCAUCGAUGGAAAAAGCGAGAAGGAUUCUGAUUUAAAUGUUGUUGGAAACAGCGAAAUGAAAGGUUCCAAGCAAAGCGAAAUAGUGGCCCCGGUCGGAGAGAGCGAGGGGGCUGAAAACUCUGAUUCAACGGUGGUCGAUAAGAGCGAGUUAAAGAUUUCUUCUGACCAGGAUUCAGGCGUGGAAAAAACCUCGGAAGAAGAGGACCAAAAUUUAGAAGAAUCUGGUAAAGAUAAUGGAGAAGGCGAAGGAAAAAUUUCCUCUCCUGAUCGAAAUGCGAAUGAAAAAUUUAAUGUUAAUGGUGACAAGGAUUCAAAACAGAAUAAACAUGCAACUGUUGAAGCCGACGAAAGUCUUGAGAAAGGAGAAAAAUCAACGUCUUCUAAAUCACAGAUGGAGGAGGAAAGGACAGAUUAUAAAUCAAGAAAGACGGUUCAUAACGAUAAAGCGUCACAAACUAUCAAAGAGAGAGUCAGAGAAGCUGAAUUCCUUCACAAAGUCGGGGCAGGUUCAAAUGUGUUUGAAACAAACUUCAUGAAUGUGCGUACGAGCGGCGCACUGCAUGAAUUGAGCGAUGAGGAAUGUAAACACAUCGAGGGAGUACAUGCACUUAUUAUGAGGAACAAACACUUCAGUGCGUGGCUGUCAUUGGACACAAAGAAUAUCGAGUAAGUAGACCUACUAAGAAAAGCGCAUGCGUAACUCUUUUACUUUGCUAUCGAUAAUUUUUGCUCAGCUAUCAAGUAAGGGAGACAUUGUUUAGAAAUGAUACCAAUCAAACCUUCUUAAAGCUCAGUAUGCACUCGUGCUCCAAGCUCAAAUUCUUACAAAGUCUCCUUUUGGUGACCUAAUUAAACUGAUUAUAGCAUGUUCGCCAGAAAAAAAAGAGCACCGGCAUUGUGCAAUAUUACGUGAGGGUUGAAAUCUUAAGGGAUCUCAAGCAACGACGAUGGCGACGGCAACGAGAACGGCCAAAAAGCAAUAUGUUUAGAUUGGCAAAACAACAACUUUGCAACUUUGUCUGCAUUGACAUCACGCUUUUUUGCACAUUUAAUUUCUCAGCCGUCUUUACACGACUACGAAGUGAAAGUGCCUAAUUUCACGUUUUUUCGAGGACGGGCGAACACAAGAUAACUUUCUUUUUCUUUUCUUGAUUUUGAUAAAGUCCUUUAGAAUUCAACUCCAAAAAAAUUUGCCAACAUUUGACGAAUUAAACGAGAUGGAACAAGCGCAAUAAUAGAGACCUUUAGAUUCUAAGACGAGUACGACUACGAGUGCGAGAUUUUCUCAGUACUAAGUAGUGCUCGCGCGUUAACCAGCGUCAUUUUGGCGGGAAAACGUGGUAGCCGUCGUCACUCUACUACGAAUUUUAGCGAGAAUGCCGAAGUGGGGAAAACGAGUUAUCAAAUGUUGGAAGUUUUAUCGUUUUGCGACCGGGAGAGCGCGUAAUCUCCUUCACUAAAGGUAACAGUGCUAACUUUUCUGGUGAAAAAUGGUAAAAUGAAGGUUCCCGGGGAGUCUAUAUUUUGAGAAUAUGUGAAAAAACUUUAAGUCAAAUCUCGUACUCGUAGUCGUUCUCGUCCUUGAAUCUUAAGGUCUCUAAAGUUUGAGGCAGCGCGAAUUCCCUUUCUUAGUGAUGUUUUCUUCGCCGUCGCCGUCGUUGUUGCUUAAGCUCCCUAAUAAAAUUGCUGAGCGCACCUAGGUGACAUCUCAAGGCUUAAUACACGGACAUGCAAGGAAAAAGUCUCAAACUCUGCUUUUCGCUUGACUCAUUUAAUUUGAAUGUGUUGUAGUUACGAUCAGCAAAUGUGGCAUAAAUAAGGGGAAAGGUCGCUUUAAACAGCAAAUUUUUGCAGUGUGUGAUAUAUAUCACACGCUGCAAAAAUUUGCCGUCUAAAAUCAGACAUCUUUAACGUGCUGAAGGUAAUAAUGCGUGGAACACUUGAAUUAACGAUUUAAUUAACUCAUUUAAUUUGAAUGUGUUGUAGUUACGAUCAGCAAGUGUGGCAUAAAUAAGAAGGGGAAAGUUCGCUUUAGACAGCAAAUUUUUGCAGUGUGUGAUAUAUAUCACACGCUGCAAAAAUUUGCCGUCUAAAAUCAGACAUCUUUAACGUGCUGAAGAUAAUAAUGCGUGGAACACUUGAAUUAACGAUUUAAUAAUUUGGUCUGGUUAAACGUUUUUUCCCUGUUGUGGUGCGUUAGUGGGUAAGUAAAACACCAAUUUUACCUUAGUUUUAAAGUUUGGCUGGUAUUCUGAAUUUUCUUUUUUUGCACAUCCCUAGUGUGGGGAGAUGGUUGGUUUCUGAUCAAAUUAUUCUUUAUCGCAUUUUUUCCUCUUCUUUUGUUAGUGUUCGGACACAUAUGGACUUCGUAAGUGACGUACACAACUUUGCCAAGGAGCCCCGCUGUACUGCAAAGAUAAGAAACAACUUUCACACUUUCGCUAGCCUUCAGGUAUGCAAUACUAAAUGAUUUCCCUCCCCUGCCCUAACCCCUUUUCUCUUUAAGCUAUACAUACCCCUUCCCCCCCCUUUCUACUCUGGUAAGUUAUCAAAGCGCUUUUGGGUAAAAUGGCUUUACUUACUAAAGAUAUAUCAGGCAGCUUUCUGUGCAGUUUGUUUUUUCGUUGUUGCUUGGUUAGUGUAUUGGGUUCUUAAUAAGUGUUCUUCACCUCUUUACAGGGAGUAGCAAAUGCCGGUAAACUUGAGCAAGUGGCUGAGGCUGGUCUCACGCAGGUUUAAAGGCUUGUUUCGUCCUUAAUUUAAAUAAAUAGUCCCUUUUGCUUGCUUCUUAGUAUUAGUUUAGUAGUACCUGCCUAUCUGCCUACCUACCUUCCAUGCAAAUACCUGUUCCCAUAGAUUCCCUAUUGACCCUUUUCCUUGUUCGCCCCGUCUCCAUAUUACCUCUCAUACAUAUUUACAGAGUACGCAAAGUCAUUAAAAUUUGAAUUACAGAGGACACCCUUUAAAUGAUGUCCUCGAGUUCAAAAAAGCCUUAUAAAGGUCUUUUAAAGGUCCCUGAAUUUCCCCAAACCUUGAUACAGCAAAUUAAAGCUGAAAUGUUACAGUGCGACUUCCAUAACCGGGGCCACCAAGAAGAAGUUGACAAAUUGGAUUACAGGAAAACAACAAUACAUUCCUAGAAAGUUAGUCUUCAAUCGUAAUUACUACAAAACGAAAUUAGCAACAUGGAUCGAAAUCAACCAAUUACAACCUAACAGAUGUCACCUUUUGAACUUGCUGAAGAAAGCACGUGUUUCCCGAGAGGUCCGGUAAGGUUGAUUUCCACUGACGCGUUUUUUUACGCACGUUAACGCACGUAAAUCUUAAUCACGUAAAUAAAAUAGAGGCAAGAUAAAAAGUGCUGAGCUUAAACGAGAAGUUGAGCGAGGUUCAACUUUUACGCUCACGAGCUAUUUUAUUUGCGAACGAAAAUUUUACGCACGUACGUACGUAAAAAUUACGCGACAUUGGAAAUCAACCCUUAGAGUGAGUGACGGAGGCGAAAACGUUGACGAUAGUUAUAUUUUUGACUUGCGGUCGCAUGUUAUUGCAAAGCGUGGCAAUAGUAGCGAAGAAAUUGCCUGCAGAUGACAAAAUAGCAGCUUGUGUCAAAGAAAUAUGUCUCCUUGGUGUUGUAUGCAAAGAUUUGAAUAGAAAAACAUGAAACAUUUUGCUUUCCUGAAAAACGUUUGCUAUUAAAUUUUGUGCUUUGAAUAACUUAUUGUUUUUUUACGAGCUACUGUAUGUAUUGUCAUUUUCCUGCAAUCAGAUCGGUCAACUUUGUCUAAGUGGCACCGAUUACAGUAGUCGCGCUGUAAGUAUUGAUUAUUCUUGUGGUUUUUCCUUGAUAAAUGUUUGUCGUUUAGCUUUCCGCUAAAGGUAGCACUAAAAUGCUUGCGUGCUAUUCAGCAAGCAAAGUGACCAGCAGCUGUAUGUAUCUUAAUAGUUUACUUGCCCUCCUGCAUGCAGUUGUCAUUUUGCAGCUAUUCCCUAUAGUAUCGUUGGCAAGCCCGUUUUGCAUAAAUUAUGCCUGGAAUCCGUGCUUUUACUAGUAAUGAUUUUAUAAUUGUUUUCCAAGAAACAAACCUGCUCCUUGAAGGAAAAACCUUUUCCACUCAAUUUCCGGUGCGGACCCCAAAUAAGCCGCAGUCUACUUGUGUGCAAGUGUGUAUGAGUAAUUUUUUUUGUUUGUUUGUUCGUUUUCUCUAGACUCUACUUACUGUUGGUAGAACAUUACAAGAUAGUAUUGAUGAAAUGGGAACGAGAAUCUUUAACGCUUUGCAAAAG